AUGGUCAUACUUAGUAUUCGAUUGGUUGGCGAGAAGCAAGAUAGGAUCUUUGAUCACAUUGAAUUCGAUUCAGAGGUUUCUAUUUUUAUAGCUGAUAAUUUUUAUUCCAUAUGAGUUUCAGAUUUUGAUCAAUAAUCUGAAAAAAAGAAUUGAAUUGAUAACACAAAUACCUCCGGCAAUGCAACACAUCGAAUUAUAUGGAAAGCGACUUCCGUCUACUCUAACACCUCUUCAAUCAGUGGCUAACUUUGAUGAGAUUGUGGUUGUAAGUUAACUUUUCAGAUUUAAAAAGUCAUUAUUUGUCGAUUCAGAGCCAUUCGAUGUUGAUCAACUGGAAAACGUUCAUAGAAAUUAUCAAUAUAAUCAAAACCAUGACAUCUUCGGGUUUCACAUCAGCAAGGCGCGAAUUUGCUAUUAAAGCCAGAAAACAACUGUCACCUUUGAUUGCUUCAAAUUUCUUCUCGAUAUAUCCUUCAUUAGCUAUUGAAGAAAUGGAAAUAAGCAAUGAAAUGAUGUUUUUGGUUUAUAAUAUCGAAAAAUAUCUUGCGCGUUCUGCGCUCAAGUAUUUUCAAGAACGUCACAUGGAUCAAAAAGUUGAGAUUGUUAAAAAAUCGAAGGAAUUUGAUGGAAUACAUGUAUGUUUUUGCUUAUUAGCUAUCAUUUUCAUGAAUUUUCAGGUUGGAAUGUUCGUUUUUGUUGAUGACAAGGCUCUCUAUUAUGUUAAGACGUUAGGUAGCUUCCCUGAAAUAGGCGAAGAAAUCGAUUUUCCAAACUCGACAAAAAUUGAUCUUUUGGAGAUAUUCGUAUACUUUUUAUUGAAACUGAUUGGAUUAGGACCUAAAGAAGUUCAUAUCGUACCUGAUACUAACAAAGAGGAAGUUGUUUAUAUCGGAACUAGAAUGGGUAAGCAUGAGUUUGUUUUUUCUCAUACACCACAGUUUUUUAAUUGAUACCUGAAAUAUCCGUCGCGACUGAAAUAAAAUUCUCCUUUCCAUAUUUUUCGUUCAUAAUAAUUUUCUAUCUAAAAAUUUAGUUGAUGGAUUCCGAACUGCUUCUGGAGUGUCUGCUGAAAGGAUUUUUGAUAACAAAAAAUUGCCUGAAGGUGAGAUUUGGAUUGGUAUACAAGAAAAUGUUAUGAUAAUAUAUGUAUAUAAAAUUUAGAAGAAGAUAAUGUCUUCAUCGACUCCGGAAUGAUACAAGAAAUAAAAGUGUUAUCUUCAAUCUUGUGUCUGAACGAUCUUCUGAGAAACGAAGGAAAUUAUGGAAUUGUUUCUGAACCUCUUUUACAAAGCGAAACGACGGCAACAAAUCAACUUCGAAUCAUUGAUUUUGGAGUAAUUUUAUUAUUGUUGAAUUCUCUAUAUACAGUCUGUUAAUUUCAGAUAAAUUAUGCGAUGAUCUUCUCCGAUGCAACUAUUUCUUCGUCUUUGGAUCAUUCUACUUUGAACGCAUACUUCAAAAAAUGGGAUAUUUUGGAUAAUAUUUAUAAGGCAAAGGAAGAAUUUUUAAAUCAUUCUAUCUUGAAAAAUAUGAAGAACACCAAUGGAGAUGCAUUCGAUCGAUAUUUCCAACGCUUGGAAACUUCUUUAAGGAAGCUUUACGAAGAAUGA